AUGAAACUCUUCAAUCUCAUCGCCAGUCUCGCCGUCAUUGCCGCAGCGACCGCUGAAGACAACAAGUCAGCUUGUCACAGAGAAUUUCCCUGCGCGCACACGGUGUUGGGCAACUGCACCCACUUCGACCUGAACAAUCAGUGGAGAGCGGCGGUGGACUAUCGCCAGUUCAACGAAACUUGGCUCUUCGCUGACUGUCCAAGCAAAGCGUUGAACAACACUAUUGUGCCGAGCAAGCUCGAUCUCAAGAAAUGCGUGGCCAACGAUCAAGGCGAACUCGUCGCGCGCGAAAAUGGCGGUUCAAAUGGUGAAAUCUGCACGAUAUCGAACCCGCCGCCCGUGCCGGUAGGGAAAGAACCUUCAGCGAAUAUCACGCUGCAGUGCUGGAUGCGCGGAGAUCCGGCCCACAAGGAAGACAAACUCCUUGCGUUCAAGCAGGUCAGCAUCUGUAAGCGCACUUUUCUGUCUGGUUAUACGCUCACUCUCGACUGA